CUCAGCCGGCGGUGCCGUGACCGUGGGAACGGAGCGCUGCGUGUCGGACCAGUGAGGACAGCCGGACGUGAUCAUAGCCACUAGCGCUGCAUGCCUUUUCUUUCUUCCUUUUUUUUUUUUGGUUUUUUUUUUCUCCUCUCAUUACAUUUGCCCUCAAACGUCACCGCUUACCGGAUGGUAAGCGAUACCUGCCUCCGCGUGAAACACCGAUUCUGAGGGACGACAUGGACAGUCAAGGCAGCCGCUGUAAGAUCGUGGUGGUCGGGGACACGCAAUGUGGGAAAACUGCGCUGUUGCACGUUUUCGCGAAGGACUGUUAUCCGGAGAACUAUGUGCCCACUGUCUUUGAAAACUACACAGCCAGUUUUGAAAUAGACAAGCAGCGGAUCGAGCUGAAUAUGUGGGACACGUCAGGUUCCUCUUACUAUGACAAUGUUCGGCCACUGGCGUAUCCCGAUUCAGACGCGGUGCUCAUCUGUUUCGACAUCAGCCGCCCAGAGACUCUGGAUAGUGUCAUGAAGAAGUGGCAGGGGGAGACACAGGAGUUUUGUCCCAACGCCAAGAUCGUCCUGGUGGGCUGCAAGCUGGACAUGAGGACGGACGUCGGCACUCUGAGGGAGCUCUCCAAGCAGCGCCUUAUCCCUGUCACACACGAGCAGGGAAGCACAAUAGCCAGACAGAUCGGAGCGGUGGCCUAUGUCGAGUGCACCUCCAAGGUUUCGGAGAACAGCGUCAGGGACGUGUUCCACGUCACCACGCUGGCGUCGGUGCGGCGGCCACACAAGCCGCAGCUAAAACGCAGCAGCUCCCGCAAGGGCUUGAAGAGGGCGUCACAGCUGCCCCUCCCCCCCUUACCGGGCCGGACUGAGCAAAUGGACCCCGCCCCUGCCAUGAGGAAGGACCGAGCCAAGAGUUGUGCGCUAAUGUAGAGACCUUUAGUUUGAAUAUGAAUAUAAAUAUAUACAUGAACGCAGAAACAUAUAACAGAGGAACUCUAUUUAUUAUUUUUGUUGUUUUGUUUAAAAAAACAAACCUGUUUUUGCACUGCUGAGGAAAAAGGAAAAAAACUGCUUCGCGAAAACAAAUGCUUUGGAUUUCUUUUUGGGUGUACGCUUGUGUGUAUGUGUGUGGGCGCGUGUGUGUGUGUGUGUGUGUGUGUACACGCGCACAUAUUUUUUUAAGUUGUUUACAUAUUUGUGUUGUUUCUAAACGCUGGCAAGUUGAGCUAAGCCUCGUGACAGGAAGAAGCGGUGAUACAGGAAGUGCAGUGUUCUGGGUGUUGAAGGUGAAACGUCCUGGAACGUCUUCUACGAGACGGUGGCGCAGUGGCCAUGUUGAAAUAAGCAAAGCGGAAAUGGAGACUGGCGAAUCAAAAGGACGUUUUUCUCUAAAGACAACUGCUGUGCAGACACGGAGCUUGUUGCCAGGCGUUACUGAGGAGUGACUUCCUACUGCCACGUGUGAGAGGGAGGCCAGCACGUGCAGCCAUGCUGGAAAUGGAUUUUCACAAAUAGGUUUUGUGAUCUGACGGAAGUGAACUAUUAAAGCCAAUGUAGAGGAUUGGAAUCACAUACUAUGACGGUGUGCGAGUUAUUACACAGAUAGUAUUACAACCACAAGUGCAUUCGUUCAAAAAAGUCACUACAAAUGUUUUUUUUCUUGUUUUUUUUUUAAUUUAGCACUUUUCUUAUCAAUUCUAAUCAUAUCAACUUGAUUCACUGAAGUUACUGCUGUUGUCAUUAUUUUAAGUUGUUUCUUUGUGGGGGAAAUGACAGUAAAAUGUUAGGGCUAUUUUGCUGUAUUUUGACUUAAUAAAUCUUAAAUAAAGCAACAGCUUGACUGCAUAGGAAGAGGAGGAUUCCUCUGUUUUUUUAUUUUUUAUUUUUCAAUGUGAUUUAAAGAUCCACUGUGAUGUCAUUUACAUGAACAAAGUGAAUGUCUGUACCGGUGUAUUUUCUUGCAACAGCUCAAUAAAGAUGUCCAUC